AGAACUUUCAUUCGUCAGAAGAUCAAUGCAAGCAAUAGCUCAGAAGAUGCAUAUGGUGUGGAUAGCUUUACAGCACAGAUCCUUACUGGGAAAUUGACUACAGUUUUUCUGCCUAUGGUCUAUAUUGUGGUGUUCAUUGUUGGUUUACCAAGCAAUGCCAUGGCUCUGUGGGUCUUCUUGGUAAGAACCAAAAAGAAGCAUCCGGCAGUGAUCUUUAUGGCUGAUCUGGCCCUGGCAGAUCUUCUUUUUGUGGUCUGGUUCCCCCUGAAGAUUGCAUACCACGUUAAUGGCAAUAACUGGAUCUUCGGUGAAGGCCUCUGCAAAGUACUGGUUGGGUUCUUCUAUGGAAACAUGUACUGCUCCAUUCUUUUUAUGACCUGCCUCAGUGUACAAAGGUACUGGGUAAUUGUGAACCCCAUUCUUCACUCAAGAAAGAAAUCAAACAUUGCUGUGGGGCUUUCAGUGGCAAUAUGGUUUCUAAUUUUUCUGGGCACCAUUCCAUUGUACCUUGUUAACCAAACAGUUUAUCUUUCUGACCUGAACAUCACAACUUGUCAUGAUGUCUUGCCUUAUAACGUUGUAGCUGGUGAGAUGUAUAAUUACUUCCUUUCCCUUGCGAUUGGGGUCUUCUUAUUCCCAGCUGUUCUUACAUCUGCUGCUUACAUUCUCAUGAUCAAGACUCUGAAUGCUUCCAUUACAGAUGUAAAUAUUGGAAAGAAACGGAAAAGAGCCAUCAAACUCAUCAUUACAGUACUUUGCAUGUAUUUGAUAUGCUUUCUGCCUAGCAACGUCCUGCUUGUGGUACACUACGCCCAGAUCAAAAAUCGUCACAUUGGCCACGUAUAUGCAUUGUACAUCACAGCACUGUGCCUGUCUACUCUAAACAGCUGCAUUGAUCCAUUUGUCUAUUACUUCGUUUCAAAAGACUUUAGGGACAAUCUGAAAAAUGCACUUCGCUGUAGAAGUGUGCGCACUACAAAGAGGAUGCAAGUCUCCCUCUCUUCAAACAGAUACUCACGGAAAUCCCCCUCUUAUUCAUCUAGUUCAAAAUCGACUAAGUCAACCUACUAAGUAACAUAUAUAUGGGGAAGGCAGGAAAGCCUCAGCAUGUUGGCAGAGAG